UGCGGUGUUAACAUUGCGGACCGGUCACAGUCACAAAAGCAAACGCUACGAAGAAACCCGAAAACGAAUGCCGCGCUUGUCACCACCAAAGAGAUCGAUCAAUUGCGUAUAAUAAUAAUAUUUAAAUAGACGCUUACCCAAACAACCAUUGGACUUCACUCUUCACUUAAAAUGCAACGGAAACGCUUACUUUUGUUGGUGGGCUGCAUUCUAACGUUGAUACUGGCGCAAAGCAUCCCAACUACGGAGGCGCGUAGACUCAUCUUCUACAACCCGCACAGCAAAACAUUGACAGGACAGCUGCUCAUCUCACACCGCGUGAAACGGCCGUGUCCAGCGGGAAAAAUGCGUGACCAUCGGGAUCGCUGCCGACGUGCUGUCAUCUUCGCGCGCAACAAGUGAGACUAGGGUUAAGGGAAGCAAAAGGCAGCAGUCUCGCCUUUUAUUUUUUUUUAAUUUAAUUUUAUUAAUAUUUUUUAAGUCUAACGAUAUUUU